AUGGCCAGCAUCUCCUCAGAAAUCACUACGUUCCUCAAAGAGAUGGAACUCACCAAAGAUUUACCUUCAGAUGCUGUGAUGGCCCGCUUCAGGACCAUGAUUUUCACAACAUUCUUUUUCAUUGGAAUCCAAGUCCAACGAAUCACCACUUGCUUCACAUCAACAACCUUCCUCGCCCAGCUGACAUUCUAUAUCUGCACUGUCGAAUGCCUCUUCAAAACCUGCGUCAUCUUUGGCUCUAUCGCCCUUCUGUCCUUCGACAAGGAUUUCGAGGACAAGAUGAAAGCCAUAGAUAACGACUUCAAGGCAAAUGCGGCCAAUUCUGAACCCAUGCUUUGGUUUCUAAUCAAGAGUCUCGUAAAGUUGUACCGCAACAGCAUUCCCUCGGGUACCAGCACGGUCACUUCGCUCAUCGAUGCUAUUUCCGCAGACGACCAGACAGUCCAGGACUUCCCCUUUGCAAACGCUGUUCUAGAUGACAUCAUUGAUAUUUCCUGCGACUUGCUUCUCAUCUGGUCGAUGUGGCAGAUUGUCAAGGAUCUUGAAGAGCGAAACGACAGGAUUGCAAAGGCCAGGAUCGAGUCGAGAGCAGCAGCAGCAGCGGCAGCAACAGCAGCAGCCUUCAGUGCCACCUUCAAAGAUGAAUAUGGUGCCCCCAUCUACCACGUCUACCACGAAAGGGGGCAACAGUCUUCUGCUGUUGGGAUUUGA